AUGUCCUUGCUAGGAAUGAGUGAAGUAAAGAAGAAGGGAAAUGGAACUCAGGUGAUGGAUGGAAAUUAUGUACUGAGAUACUCUGGUGUGGCAAUGAAUGCCAGGGCAAAAGGAGGUGUGGGUUUUAUUGUCACAGAAGAGAUGGAUAGAAAGGUGACAUCAUGGAAGGCAGUUAGCUCGAGAUUGAUAACACUUUGUUUCGAUCUGGAAGUAUCAAUUACUCUCAUUCAGGCAUAUGCACCAACAGAAGAUGCACACUUGGUAGAAAAAGAAGAAUUUUAUGAUGAACUGCAAAGACAGAUUGAUAUUAACGAAACUGCAGGGAGAAGAGUGAUAAUAAUGGGAGACCUAAAUGGAAGAGUUGGGCAAGACAACCAGACAAACAAAGGAAUUUUAGGACCAUAUGGAGGAGAAGACGAGGUCAAUACAAAUGGAGAGAGAAUACUUGAUUUAUGCGCCCUGAAUAACAUGAUAGUAGCCAACUCAUACUAUAACCAUAAGAGGAUUCACAAAAUCACCUUUAAGUCAGCUCAGGGAUCCAGCCUUAUAGACUACUUCUUGGUUCCAAAAGAAUUAAAGAGCUCAAUCAACGAUGUAAAAGUAAUAAGAGGAGCAGAGCUCUCAACAGAUCACUAUUUAUUGGUAGCAGACACAGCUUUUGCUAAAAAUAGAAAUGGUAAAAGGAGUAGUUAUCAGAGAGUAAAGUGGGAGCUACUGAACGAUGAAGCUAUAGCAAGACAGUAUCAGGAGAAAAUCGAAAUGAAACUACAGGCUCCUUUGAAUGGGGAAGAUGAGGUGGAGAGCAGAUGGAGUAGACUCAAGGCUGCAAUAGUAGACUCCAGCAGAGAGGUGUGUCGUCUGAAAAGCAUAAAGGAAGGAGUGAAAAGUACCAAAUGGUGGAGUCAAGAGAUCAAGGUAUUGGUAGCCGAAAAGAAACAUGCAUGGAAAAAAUGGAAACAAACAAGAGAUCCUAAUGAUCGAGCAGAGUAUGAGCUGAAGAGAAACUGGUGCAAGAGACAGGUAGCAGGAGCAAAGAAACAAAGCUGGAAAGAAUUUGGAGAAAGAAUUGAGCACGAUUUCAGUCAUGACAAUAAAAAGUUCUGGAAACUCAUCCGUCACCUGAGAGGUAAAUAUAGUAAGAAAGUGAGAAGUGUAAAAGACAGCCAGAAUAAGUUAAGAGUCAACAUAAGGGAAGUGUUGGAGGUGUGGAGAGAGUUUUAUGAGAGAAAAUUCAAGGAUGACAGACAUACAUUGAGAGACUGGCAUGAGGAGGAGCAAGAGGAUGAGCAGGAGAACAUAGGAUUUGAAGAGGUUGAGAGGGCCGUUAGUAGAAUGAAAAAUGGAAGGCAGCAGGAGAAGACACAAUAG